GUCUCCAACAAUAAUAAUGCCAGUGGAUUGUAAUCAUCUCGACGUUAAACACGCUCAAGGAAUUCGCUUAGCUUUUGGAACGAAUUUUCGUACUGUGUACACCAGCAACUGUGUGAAUGUCAUAAAUAUUUCAAAAAUAUUUUGACAGCUAUUUUUAGUUUUUUUUUUGUUUGCUUUUCAAAUCCAUUCGAUAAAAAAACACUUUGCUGAACCGAUCGGUUAGUAAGCUAUCACAGCUGGUUGCACGUUCGCUCUUAUCAGUCUCGAAACCGCCUUUUCACUGAUAAGCUACAAAAGGCUUUGUGUGGUUUAUUGUCGUCGCGAUCACAAUCGCAAUCAUGACAUGACAGCUGUGUGCGGUCGUUGUGCGGUUUGGUGGCAAAAACGAUACGAAUACUUUUCAGUUUGCCUCCUCAACUACGGUAGCAGUUGCAAACGUAAAGCCGUUUCGGUAGGGGCUUCGUCAGUUCUUCAGCCAAAACACACGAUUAUGACGUGAAAGAUCAUUGAUCGCGAUACUCUUAAUUAUUUUUCAAAACAAAAACUGCGUUAGUGUAGGAGUAUUUUGAACCAAUUCGAAUCCAAAAAUCCAAGUCCAAUGUCCGAAUAUUAUCUCGACAACAGAAGUUUCGGUUCCGAUGAAGAUCUCUUGUCGCUUACAGCAGCCGGUGAUCGUGCUGAUGAUGCUCAUGGAACUUUAAAGAGUUCCAAAGCUACAAAAAUGAUGAUGAAAAUGAUGACGAAUGGCAAUAACAACAACAACCAUCAACAUUAUUCCAUUGACGAUGACGGAAUUGGGGGAACGGAGGACAGCACUAUGGAGAUUCCACUUCUUGUUGACAAUACUGAUGGCGGUGAAAUAUAUUAUAACAACUGCAAACACAAACAACCAGGUUUUGCGGUGAAUUUAAAAAGCAAAAGUCAACAGGAUGCAAAAAUCAAAAUAUUCUUAGCCAUCGCAUUAUGCUGCUUGUUCAUGAUUAUAGAAUUCCUUGGAGGAUACAUGGCCGGAAGCCUGGCGAUAAUGACAGAUGCUGCCCAUUUAGCAUCUGAUUGCGUUAGCUUUGUGAUUGGUCUCUUGGCGAUUUGGAUAUCGAGUCGGACGCCUGAUCAAAACAUGUCAUUUGGAUACAAACGCAUCGAGGUCAUCGGAGCAUUGGUAUCAAUAUUGGGCAUCUGGAUCCUUACAGCCUUUUUGGCCAUUGUGGCAUGCCAGAGAUUAUUUUCAGAUGACUUCGACUUGAAUGCGGAUACGAUGAUGAUAAUCGCUGGAAUUGGGAUUUUAAUUAACAUUGCGAUGGCAUUCAUUUUGCAUGGCUCGUCGCUUUUUCCCGGCUCUCAUGGUCACUCUCAUGGUGGUGCUGGUGGAGGACAUCAUUCGCACUCGCAUGUGCAUUCUACUGCAAGGAGUGAUGCUGCAUCUACUACUCAUGGCCAUCAUAGUCAUUUGCCGGAUGGUGGUGUUGGAAAUCCAUUGCCAGCAGACGUCUCAGUUUCCACAUCUGCGGAUAUUGUCAAACAACAACAUGCGAGAAACAACGCAAUGCCAGCAUGCGGUCAGGAACAAAAUCUGAAUUUGCGAGCUGCAGUCAUUCAUGUAUUUGGGGAUCUGGUGCAGAGUGUAGGCGUUUUUGUUGCCUCAAUUAUUAUUAAAUUUUAUCCAAAUGCAAAACUUGCUGAUCCGUUAUGUACGCUUCUGUUCUCAGUGAUUGUCAUUUUUACGACAGUCAAUUUAUUCAAGGAGUCCGUUUGUAUUCUCCUUGAUUCCGUGCCAAAGCUGGUGCCUCUGUUAAAGCUGCAAAGUGAUUUGUCCAGCAUAAGUGGAGUUAAAUCCGUUCACCAUCUGAAUGUGUGGAAUCACACGGUCAAUCACAGCAUAAUGAUGGUCCAUUUGGUUGUUGAUAUCCUGGCAGAUAGUGAUGCUAUCCUGACGGAGGCUACCUCAAUGGCGCACGACAAAUAUCACAUUCAACAUAGUACAAUUCAAAUUGAACGUGUAUGAGUAAGUGAAUGAGAGGACGUUAUAAUACAAAAGGAUACUGCUGCUGCUGCUGCUGCAUGGCUACACGUUUGAGAGGUUAACUGAUGCUUGGACAAACGGACGACGGACGGGCGACGACGAUGAAUGAGAUGAUGACAACAAGGACGACGACGACGACGAAAGCUUGCUUUCAAAAAAAGACUGUGUGUGUGUUUGAGUAUGUGUGUGUUGGGGGGAUAUAAGGAUUGAGAAAUAACAUAAUUUUCGAAAGCCAUUUCGGACCAACUAAAAUAUACAGAAAAGGGAUGUGAGUUCGAACAUUCGAAGAUUGCUGGUGUAUAAAGGAGAUAUCUAGUGCUACCAAAUAAUAAUGUUUUCCUUAGUAAUACGAGUAUGUGUUUAUAUUAAGUUGUAUUUUUUGUUAGUGAUAAGUUGAUUCCGAUUUGUGUGCUUUGUAAUAGGAGUAAGUGUUGUAGGAAAAAAAAAAAAUAACGAUUUGUUACACUUCAUUGCUGUGCUAUUUAUGAAAUUGUUUUAGAAGUUCAUAUAUUUAAAAUAAAAUAAAGUCAUUUUUUAAGAUGGAA